CUCUACGUCGACUGAUAGUGGGAGAUUGAUUACGUCUCCGGGAUUCGCCUUGAAAGGAAGGAAACGCACGGACCAGUGUGAAAAACGUCUGACACGGACUUGUUUAACCUCUUUUCAAAAAUUUAUAUUUUUUACAAUUUCGUGGGGAUACCCUAAAGUCCCUUGUAGUGCGCAGUAUCCCAAAGAGUCGUGCGUACAGGACUUGGAAGUGUUGAGAGAUCCGGAGCUCCUCCGCAGUACCGUGGAUGUGUGGCGGUAGCACGCCGGGGAGUGGGUUGGGUCGCCCGGCUGCCUGACACACGUCCUCGGGCGGAAGGUGAGCGGAAGAAAGGAUUCCUGAUUUUUAUUUUUUGGAGGUUUUUGUUCCUGCAGGACGUCGAAGGGUAGCGUUGGACCACCUUGCGGGAUUCACCUUGCUCCCUCUUUCCGGGUUUGGACUGGUUUUGUUCAUCCAGAGGGGGACACAUCGUGGGGGUGGUUGAGCCCGGCAAGGCACGAUGGCAACCGGUGUGAUCCUCGUCGCUUUCGCGCUACUCGGCGCGGCCGCGGCUCAGAGGGUGGUGAAGGUGCAAGACGGGCCCCUGAUUCGGACAGAGGGCUCUCAUGUGACAAUCUGGUGCAACGUGACGGGAUACAAGGAAGGCGUGGAACAAGACUUUGAGUGGUCCAUGUACCUGCCGUCGGCGCCCGAGCGGGAGAUCCGCAUCGUCAGCACGGCCCAGCCGAACUAUGCCUACGCAGUCUUUGCCCAGAGGGUCAACGCCAAGGAAAUCUACGUGGAGAGGCUGAGCCGUGACUCGGCCAUGCUGCACCUGCUCAAAGUUCAGGCCAUGGACCAGGGACUCUUUGAGUGUUACACGCCCAACACGGACGGACGUUACCUGGGCUCCUACAGUGCGCGCACUAACCUCACUGUCAUCGCCGACUCGCUGACGGUCUCGUCCCCUGCCCAGACUCUGUCCAAAGUGGAAGGCGACACUCUCCAACUGUCAUGCGAGGUGUCUCGGACCACCAUGCAGCACACCCACUUGUCCGUGGGAUGGUACCUGAAAGCCCCUGAGGACCUGUCGGCCCCGCCCCAGGAGCUUCUCACUCUAUCCAAAGACUUUGUCCUGCGCUCAGGCGGCCCGUACCGCCAGAGAAUGUCGGCGGGAGACCUGAGACUGGACAAAACGGGCGCCACGUCUUACCGGCUCACCAUCCACAAGCUGCAGCCGGCCGACCAGGGCUUGCUCUACUGUCAGGCCGCCGAAUGGAUCCAGGAUCCCGACGGCGCCUGGUUCGCCAUGACCCGCAAGCAGAGCGACAAGACCCCGCUCCGCAUUCAGCCCACCGAUCGCGACUUCAGCAUCCAGGUGAGCACGGAGCGCCGGUCCUUCACGGCCGGUGAGCCGCUGGAGCUUCGCUGCACCAUCGAGGCGCAGAACGUCCCCGAGCGAUUCUUCUCGGUGUCGUGGGUCUUCAGCAGCUCACCGGUGGCCGUGGUGGGCCCCGGCGCCGUGCCCGUCCUGGGCUCCGACUACGUGGCCCGCGAGGCCGCCGGCCACAUGACCGUGCGCAAGGAGAGCCCCAACGUUCACCUGCUCAAGCUGCAGCGCCUGCGCCCCGACGACGCCGGCAAAUACAUUUGCCGCGUGACCGAGCGGGAAAAGACACCCACGGGAGACUUUAUCGACCGCAGCAAACGCUCACGCAACGUCCAAAUCACGGUGCAGCCGCUCAAAAGCAACUUGACCGUCUUGUUAUCUAGCAACUCUUCCGAAGUUCUGGAGGGCAACGUGAUGCAGUUGAUCUGCUCGGCCCAGGCCGCCGCGGGCCCCCUCUCGGUCGUCUGGCAGUGGAAUGACAAGCAGGGUGACCGACCUGCCCGCGACUUGGCCUCUCUGGACCGGGAUGGCACUGUGCUGUACGGCGAUGUCUACGGGGAGCGCUCUGGCUAUGGCGAGAUCCGUGUUGAGAGACAGCGGGCCGAUGCCUUCUCACUCUCCAUUUACAACGUGUUACCCGACGAUGAAGGGCAGUACAGCUGCACCGUCAGCGAGUGGUUUCAAAGCGGCUCUGAAGCGGAACUCAGCUGGGAGAAGAUUGGAGAGAAGUCAGACACGAAGACGGUCACCGUCAAGACUGUCGAGUCCUCCUUCAUGGUGUCCGCCUCAUCACGGACACCAUCCGUGAUCUACGGAGAUUCCUUUGACCUCCUGUGCCUGGUCAAGCCCCGCCACAACCCCCGCGUGCCCACCUCGGUCACCUGGCGCUUCAUGCCAGCCGAUACCGAGGAGGGGGAGGGAGACUUCAAGGAGCUGGUGACUUUCACCCGGGAGGGCACGCUACAGUGGGGGGAACAGUUGCUGGGCCUGGGCACCCGCACCACCGUGGAUCGCUCGCUUUCCAACACCAAUUUCCGGCUGUCAGUAACGCGGGUGGGCAGGCGCGAGGCUGGCAAAUACCAGUGCACCGCCGUACUGUGGAGGAAAAAUUACGACGACAGCUGGAGCCGAGUGGCCAACCGGACCUCCAACCUGCUUGGAAUCAGCGUCGUCCAGCCAGAAAGUAAACUACGAGUGCAAAAGACCAACCAGUCCCUGGUGCACCUGGAGGACAGCCGAGUGCGUCUCAAUUGCACCGUGACCUCCCAAACCAGCCCGGAGUCGCUGCACGCCGUGCUGUGGUACGUCAGACGCGCCGGUGUUGGCCGCGGGUCGGAAGCCGACGAGCUCCUGCUGCGCGUGGAGCGAUGGGGCGCCCUGGAGUACGGCGCCUACGCCGACGAGGAGAGGCUGCGGCGGCGCGCGCGGGCCGAGAGACUCUCUCCUCGCCACUACGCACUGACCCUGGACAGGGCGGAGAGCGCCGACUCUGGGACCUACUAUUGUCUGGUGGAGGAGUGGAUGAGCGACCCUGACGGCGCUUGGUACCGCCUCUCGCGGGACUCAUCCGGAUUCACCCAACUUCUAGUCAGACAGCCAGAGGCCCGACUGCUAGUGGAGGAGACAGAGUCCAACGUGACGGUAGCGGAGACGGGCUCCAUCCGACUGGGCUGCAACAUCCCCUCUCAGUCAUCCCGAGACUCGCGUUUCUCCGUGUCCUGGUACGCCGAACGCCCCGACGAGGCCGACGACCAGGAUGAGGACGAGCGGCGCCGUUGCGUCUUCUCCGUCGGCCACGACGCAAUCUUCGGGAACGGAGACUGCAGCCCCGUGGAGGAGACGGGGCCCGACUCCCGUCUGCAGUUUCAGAGGACGGCCUCGGAUCAGUACAGUCUGACCAUCCGGGAGGCCCGGCCUGCCGACGGGGGGCGCUACUACUGCCACGUGGAGGAGUGGCUGCUCAACCCUCGCGACUCUUGGUACCGCCUGGCCGCCAACGACUCGGGAUACGUUACGGUCAAUGUCCUGCCACGAGAAUCCUCGGUCAAAUCAGUAGUGUGCUCCAACAAGGCGCUGUUCUACUUGGUCUUCUUCUACCCGUUCCCCAUCUUCGCCAUCCUCCUCAUCGCUCUGCUAUUCGUGCGCUUCAAGAGCCGCAACAACAAUAAAAGCCAGGAGGGCAAGAACGGCGCCCCUUUGCUGUGGAUCAAGGAACCGCACCUCAGCUACUCCCCUACCUGUCUGGACCCGCCCGCCCUCAGCCUGCACCCCGGUUCCGUGGACUAGAGACCCCUUUUGCACCCUCUCCAACGCGUAGAUUCCUGUUUGUGACUUUGUGUCUCGGCGCAGUGUUUGAUUCAAUUUAACCUAAAUGUUGGUCUACUUUCCCCACCCCCCCAAAAAGUCCCAAUCCGAGAGCAGCCCGGCCUACUGAACGGGUUGCCAUAGCGACGCUCCGGGCCGACUGACUCCUUGGCAGCCUUGCGGAGACAUAAAGCGAGGUCCACCUGGCCCGACCGUCAAUUUGGCGAAAGUGGACCGUCGCCAGGAAACAAACAUACGCGUCCUGCUGAGAAACUUCUCUCCAUUUUGCCAGGAUCUCAUUUCCACUUCGAAAUGAGCGGAUCGGUUCUAAGGCUGCUCAUUAAGUCGUCUUCUUACUUCACGCGGAUGACGACGUGAACGUUUAUACUUUACAAUUACGGUGGAAUACAAAUCAAGCACAUUUCCUUUCAAUUUGUUUCGCACUUUAAAGGGACAGACAACAGCUAGUAUGUAUAACCGUGAAGAAGGUUGCUCAAAAUAUUUAAGUUUUCAAAUGGUGAAUUUGUUUGACUUAUGAUGAAAAUUGUUUCACUCCUUCAAUGCCAUUGACGACGAUAGAUGUCCAAUUAUGUGGCUUUAAAGCAUCCUUCUGCUAUGGAUUUAAAUAAAAAUUUGCCAUUUUUAGAGGUCCAACCGAUUUGAAGUGGAAGGGCGAACGUUCAUUUGCUGUCAACCCUCCCACUGCAAAUGGAUUGGACGUCUAUUGAGGUCAGUGGCAUUGAAAAGUCAGUUUUACCAUUGAGCACACAAUAAUUUUAGCGUUUAAACACAGCACUCAAACAUAUUGUAUCAACGACUUUCCUGCUGUUCUGACAGCAAAGUUAGUUCAUAAAUUAACACUCAAUGGCAUUUAAACAUGAUCAUUCAUGAUUCAUCAAAUCGAUUCGACAUUAUCGAUGUCAAUGGCAGAGAAUGAGUCAAACGAUAGAUGACGCCACUUUAUGAUGUCAAUUAUAUCCACGCACAUACACGCUGAUAUACUCGAACACAGGUGCAUGUGACAAUGGGUAUUAAUGAUGUCAUGAAGGAGGGCUGGAAUACUCACAUUUGAUUGGCUAAAAUAGCACUGGCAUUGAUAAAUUGGCUGCCACCACUUUUAUUGACAUUUUUCUUCACUAUUACACAUUGGAAAAAUGAGCUUUUCAAUUUUCAAUUUAUUAGCAAGAGUUCCUCCACUGGGAUGUACAUAGUAUAAGUAUUGUCUGUCCCUUUAAGUGGGCAAUACACCAAAAGCAACGAAAAUAUCACAUUUCUUUUUUCCCCCCCAUAAACGUUUUCGUAAAAUCCAAUAAAACCAUUUAUGGACAUGUUGCUAAAAGAUUCUAGGCAAAACAAUGAUAUACAUUGUUAUGCAUAGAUAUCAAACUUGAGGCUUGGUGGCCAGAUGUGCCAUCAUUUUAGGCACCCACAAACCAUCUGCACCAACUUCAUAUUUCUUGCCAAAAUAUCGUAUUUGAAUAUUGUUGUCAGCCAUGUCAGGUUUAAAAAUGUUAAAAUAUUGCAAGUAUUUGUUUCAUAUUCCUAACUGUUGAACAUUUUACUGGCAUUUCAAAGCCAGCAAGCGUUUAAUUCAUUGGCUAGAAGCCCAACAGUGGGCCACCAUGUUUUUGGACAAAAAUAAAAAAUGUUAAAGUUGACAGCAGUGUUGUUUUUGGUACCCAUUUUCGUCUUAGUCUUUUGGACAAAAAUACCCAUUAGUCAUGUUUUUGUAGAGGUGGGAAUCUUUGGGCACCUAACGAUUCGAUUAUGAUUACAAUUCAGAGGCUACGAUUCGAUUUUAAAUCGAUUAUUGACGGCAGCUUUAAACUACAUUCAAUUAAUGUAAUGUUAAAAUUGCUCCCGUUAUUCCAUAAUUUCCCUUCUGUCUACUUUCGACAUGUGAAAGUUUUAAAACCGUUUCAUCAUUUUAAGAUCCAUUCAAGUCAAGAUUUUGCCGAUUUAGGAGUAUUUUAGAUAAAAAGUUCGCUUGGAAGGUUCGUCAUCCAAGGAGUCUACUGCUUUAAGAUGGCGGCUGUUUACUAACGCCGCCGAGUCUUUCAUUUCGUGUCUAGUUCUUUAUACAUGUAAUAUCUACCGUAGCAUUAUGUGGGCGUAGUUUGUAGCAGCAGUCAGGUCUUACGUUUUUUUUUAUCUAGUGGCAUGAGUUGAGCAUUGUCAUUAUCCGGGUAAUGACAAGCAUGUUGUUGACUCUCGGUCCAUUCCUCAUUGCGUUCUGAGGACCACGCUGACUGUGUUUUAGUUUCGCUUCACUUGGGAUAUUUCAAUAAUCGGAAUUUGGAUGUUUGUGAAUCGUUCUCGAAUCUUCCACGGCUGAAUCGCGAAUAAUCUAAGAAUCGGAAAUUUCGCACAGCUCUAUAUUUUAGUCAUUUCCAAAUGUGUUCGUCUUUGUCUAGUUUUGGUCAAUGAGAACUAGGAAAAUUUUCAUCUAGCUUUAGUCAGCAAUUCUCAAAAUGCUUUCGCCUAUGAACUUCAAAAGUUUUAGUCCAUGAAUAAAUAAAUGGUAAAUGGUGUUAUAUUUGUACAGUGGGGCAAAUGAGUAUUUAGUCAACCACCAAUUGUGCAAGUUCUCCAACUUGAAAAGAUUAGAGAGGCCAGUAAUUGUCAACAUGGGUAAAUCUCAACCAUGAGAGACAGAAUGUAGAAAUAAAACAAAAUCACAUUGUUUCAUUUUUAAAGAAUUUAUUUCCAAAUUAGAGUGGAAAAUAAGUAUUUUGUCACCUACAAACAAGCAAGAUUUCUGGCUUUCAAAGAGGUCUAACUUCUUCUAACGAGGUCUAACGAGGCUCCACUCGUUACCUGUACUGUAUUAAUGGCACCUGUUUUAACUCAUUAUCGGAAUAAAAGACACCUGUCCACAAUCUCAGUCAGUCACACGCCAAACUCCACUAUGGCCAAGACCAAAGAGCUGUUGAAGGACACCAGAGACAAAAUUGUAGACCUGCACCAGGCUGGGAAUACUGAACCUGCAAUAGGUUAAAAGCUUGGUUUAAAGAAAUCAACUGUGGGAGCAAUUAUUAGAAAAUUGAAGACAUACAAGAUCACUGAUAAUCUCCCUCGAUCUGGGGCUCCAUGCAAGAUCUCACCCCGUGGCGUCAAAAUGAUAAGAACGGUGGGCAAGAAUCCCAGAACCACACGGGGGGACAUAGUGAAUGACCUACAGAGAGCUGGGACCACAGUAACAAAGGCUACUAUCAGUAACACAAUGCGCCGCCAGGGACUCAAAUCCUGCACUGCCAGACGUGUCCCCCUGCAGAAGAUAGUACACGUCCAGGCCCGUCUGCAGUUCGCUAGAGAGCAUUUGGAUGAUCAAGAAGAGGACUGGGAGAAUGUGUUAUGGUCAGAUGAAACCAAAAUAGAACUUUUUGGUAGAAACACAGGUUCUCGUGUUUGGAGGAGAAAGAAUACUGAACUGCAUCUGAAGAACACUAUAUCCACUGUGAAGCACGGAGGUGGAAACCCUGCUUUGGGGCUGUUUUUCUGCAAAAGGAGCAGGACGACUGAUCUGUGUAAAGGAAAAAAUGAAUGGGGCCUUGUAUCGAGAGAUUUUGAGUGAAAAUCUCCUUCCAUCAGCAAGGGCAUUAAAGAUGAGACUUGGCUGGGUCUUUCAGCAUGACAAUGAUCCCAAACACACAGCCAGGACAACAAAGACGUGGCUUCGUAAGAAGCAUUUCAAGGUCCUGGAGUGGCCGACCCAGGCUCCAGAUCUCAACCCCAUAGAAAAUCUGUGGAGGGAGUUGAAAGUCCAUGUUGCCUAACGACAGCCCCAAAACAUCACUGCUCUAGAGGAGAUCUGCAUGGAGGAAGGGGCCAAAAUACCAGCAACAGUGUGUGAAAAGCUUGUGAAGAGUUACAAAAAACCUUUGGCCUCCGUUAUUGCCAAUAAACGGUACAUAACAAAGUAUUGAAAUGAACUUUUGGUCUUGACCAAAUACUUAUUUUCCACCAUGAUUUGCAAAUAAAUUCUUUAAAAAUCCAACAAUGUGAUUUUGUUUUUUUCCCCCAACAUUCUGUCUCUCAUGGUUGAGGUUUACCAUGUUGACAAUUACAGGCCUCUCUAAUAUUUUCAAGUGGGAGAACAUGCACAAUUAGUGGGUGACUAAAUACUUAUUUGCCCCACUGUAUAGCGCUUUUCCACCUUUCAAGGAGCUCAAAAGGUUUCCAACAAUUUCGAAUGAACAUUACAGACUAGCACAUAACUGUAGUCUACAAUGACAUUACUAUUUUCAUGAUGGUAAUAAACACUCAGCAGGAAAAUGGCACAUUAUUUGUAAUUAAUUGAACUCACCUGGACACCAUGAACUGUAUGCAAAAUGUUUUCCAAGAGUCACCGCGCUAAAAGCUAGUGCGAACGCUAGGCUAACGCGAAUGCUAGGCUAACGCUAAAAGUUACUUUAGUGUAUGAUGAUCACUUAGCACAGACCUUUAAAGGCUAAAGCAGGGGUGGGGUGGGAAAACCGGCCCUUUGUGGAAUAGUUUGCCCACCCCUGGUCUAAAGCAACAUGGCAUAGUCAAGAAAACAAAACUUACCAAGCAGCACCUGACAUGUUUCACAAAAGGAGCCUAGAAUGGGCACACGCUUAAGCCUGUGUGAGGGGUGGGGGCGCGCAGCACGUCACAUGAGUGACACUACCAAACACUGCUAAAUGCGUUUUAACGACACAAUAAUAAAAUAUCACACAUUGUGAAUUUAUGAUGGAAACUUUCAUCUCGUUCUCGUGUCGUCAGAUGACAACUGGCAUCCAUCUCGUUAGGUUUUAGUCUCCCAUGACACGUUUAUCAUCAUCAUGAAAAAAAUGUUUGUCGACGAAAUAUUAUCGUUAUCGUCGAUGAAAACAACACUGGUUGACAGGAAUAUUUAUACAACGCUGACACAAUCGUCCCAAAUGGCUCACAGCGCACAACAGACAUCUAGUUAGUUUAACAAUGUUAGUUCGUUUAUCUAUGGUUUUAGCUUGGCGGGUGGGCAAGAAAAGCUUAGUGGCCCGCCAGGCUUAGCACUGGGGGGAAACCCUGCAAGGUAUUCUAUUGUGUGGCUACCAUGGUAACUAGAUGUAUACAGAUUGUUUAGCACGAAAUGCAUACUCUAAUAUAGCCCCUUUCAAACACAUCUGAACAUAGUUUAAAUCCCGGGAUUAAAACUGGCAGCCCUUAUCGCUGAAAGCAAUUUCCUGGGUUGACCGACACGGAGAUUACGCGGACAUUUACCGAGUCGCGUCUUACUAUAAUGUCCGGGACUUUCUCGGGAAGCGAUACGUGUGAAAGCAGGUGUUGAAUUUCCGGGUCGCAGCACGAGGGCUGAUGACGUAAUUAGCAUUGUAGGCCAAUCGUCAUUUCCUCUUUCUUCGCAAUAAGACAAAAAGCGAUUAACAAAAAUCGCAAUUAUCAAUCAUCAACUGCCGAACAAAAAUGACGUAAUGUCCAAUCGCGGCAGCCGCCCUCCCCGCAUCGAGAGCGUUGAGUCGCCAACACCGGAUAAGUCUGUGAAUGUGUCUAACCCACAUUAUUCCGGGGAUAUCUCCACAUGUCCGAAAGCCAUGACACGAUCAAAUCCUGUGCCACCUUACACGGGAAUUUGCCGGGAUAUAUUUCUUAAAGGGGCUUUAAGGUACAUCAAAAGACUCAAAAGAACUUUUACAGAUUUAAAAAAAUAUAUAUUGCCAUGGCAACUAGUAUUGUCUAAACAUUCAGCUGUCAAUAACUGCAAAACUGAGGCUCAUUUCAAAAUACAAAUGUAAAGCAUGUAUAUUUGAUAAAUUGCAUACAUGUAAUAAAUAUAAAAUAUAUUUUACUAUUAUAUGCCAUACACGUCAUAAUGAAUUGACUGGGUGCGGGGCCGGUAAAUAGGGGACCUGCAUUGUUGGCGAGGCAGAAGUCAAAGCUGAGUGGAAUCACAGAGCUUUUUUCGUUGAAAAUUCUUGUAAAUAAAUGCUUAAAUCCCUGAAUUCUUUAUGGAUGUGGAUGUAAAAAAGUCUCGAUUCCUGGUUAAAAAGCAAAAAAAAAAAACGUGCAGUUAGCAUUUAUUUUACGUAAAUAUUUCGAAGUACAAUGCUAGUCUGUUAGUAAAUGUAGCUAGCGGUCGCCUUAAUAAUAAUCAGAGCUUUUCCGGUGAAAGUUCUUGUGAAUAAAUGCUUAAAUCCCCAAAUUCUUUAGAGAUAUGGACGUAAAACAGUCUUGAUUCUAGGUUAAAAGCAAAAAAAACUUGCAGUUAGCCUUUAUUUUAGGUAAAUAUGUUGAAGUACAAUGCUAGUCUUAGUGAAUAUAACUAGCGGCCGCCUUAUGUAAACAAAGCUUUUCCGGUGAAAAUUCUUGAGUAAAUGCUUAAAUCCCCAAAUUCUAUAUAGAUAUGGACGUAAAACAGUCUUGAUUCUUGGUUAAUAGCAAAAAACCAUGCAGUUAGCAUUUAUUUUACAUAAAUAUUGCAAACUAUGAUGCCAAUGCACUAGUGGCUAAUUUCUCCCGAUGAUUUUUUUCACGUUUCAAAAUGCAUGCAUGGUACAAAAAAUAUGAUAAUUAGCUUGAAUCCUCGAACAAAUCACUCCUGAGACAAUCCUUCCUGUUUGUAUAAGGUACAGCUUUUGUACUUUUUCAACGGAAAUCCGGUGUUGGAUCGCUGCGUGCAUGUUUGUGAAUAGCUCCUCUUGAUGUGGGCUGCCCCCUACUUGAAUGCGAGGCGUAGUGCAUGACUGAUCUGACCCGUCAAUACCAUUAUGAAGUCUAUGCUAUAUGCAUAUUAUAUAUUUAUAUACACAUUAUGGCGGAAAACACUUAGGUGACUAGAAGCUCCGCUCUGAGGCCCCCAAUUUGGCCAAAUUUCAAAAUUGUCCUCCAUGCGUGUGUGAUACAUCAUUGGAAAGCUUAAAAUCUCUAUUUUCUGGGGCAAGAAAAAUUUUGAACAGAAGGGCAUUUUUAAUAAAAAUGUUUUUUUAAACAGCAAAACCCUAAAUGGAGGUGAGAGCAGAAUUAAAGACACCACGAUUUUAACAAGAUAUUAUCGCGUGCUUACCUUGUUUCGAUCCAAAAACUCCAUGUAGCUUGUAUCACCGAGUGUCAAGACACAGCUGUGAAUGGCCACAGCUGGAUUUUUUUUUUUUUUUUUAAUGGGUGAAACAUGGUGCUAUAACAAGGGUCGCGCUGCAGAAAUCGCAGACAAGAAAGAGUGGUUGAGAUUUUCUUUUUCGUAUAGUUACCCUUUUAAACGUUAUUUUUCAAUAUUUUUUUGUUUGGAUCGAUUAUCAUCUAACAUCGGGGGAAAAGCGACAGUAACAAAAAAAAAUACAAUUAAUCGAUAGUUACAAGGUAAAUAUCCGUGACUUUUUUACAGAUGCCAAAUUUUUCAUUGUGAUGUAAUUUGUUGAAAAGUUCAAAAAAUGCGAGUGAAUAAUUUGUUGUAGUCGUUUUUUUUUUUUUUUGUUAGCUAAAAUUUAGACAUCAAUUAAUAAUUCUAAGCCAAAAAUGACAUUUUGAAUAAUAAAUAUAAUUACUUACCUUCUUUUUAUGGCUAGGUUGAAACAAAAGCGGUUGCGCGACGUCUGUAAACAGGGGUUUCCAGGGUAAAACGGACAAAUUAAAUAAAGUUCGGAGGCUUAGUGCGCCAUGAAUCUGCUAUGGCAGCAUAUAGACAUAUUGUUCUAUCAAACACAGCAGUUCUUUUGGCUUAAAAUACAGCAGUUUAUUUUAAAGAGGAGUGCAUGAGCAGAAACUGCUUUUUCAGUCUUGUCUGUGUUUUCUGCUACAUAUAUAUAUAUAUUCCACUUUAAAUUAAAUAUACAUGUAUAUUUAAUGAAGAUAAAAUCAAAAAACAUUGGGGGAAAACAUGCAGAAAUAUAUAAAGAAAAAAGUGAAUUGAAAAAUGCAAUUAAAAGUUAUAAAAUCUUUUAAAAAAAUAAAAUAAAAAAAAGAUGCAGUGAACUAACAUCAAAGAAGAAAAUAGAGAAAUAGAAAAUAUUUGUGAAAUAUGAAAAUUAAGAAGCCAUUUAUUCAUAAAUUUUUAAAUGUUUCUUUAAAUUUUAAAAAUUUCCUUUCUUUUCUGAUUUUACUUAAUUUUGUCAGGAAACGCGGGCAGGCAGGUGGACCCAAAUGCAGGGAAAGGGAGGCGAGGCAGAUGAAUGGUGCAAAAAAUAUUUAAUUAAAGCCAACCAAAAACAAAGUACAAAACAAAGGCUGUGGUGAUCCCAAGAAAGCACAGAGGCAAACAAAAUUGUCACUAACAAAAGACUGGUUUUCAAAAAACUUACUUGGAACACGAGGGCUUGGAUAGACAUCGACUUUGACAUUGACAUAGACAAUGACGCAACAAGAAGUGAAAAGAAAAUGGGAGCUUAUAUAUACACACGCAGACAAGGGGUAACGAGACAACGAGGAACAGCUGGGCAACACAUGAGGAUGCAGGUUGGAGGAUACACUAGGAGCAGGUACAACAGGUGAAAUCAAUGGGCAAUCACAGGGACAAGUCACACUAGGAGAAAACCAACACAAAACCUGACAAAUUUUAAUAAAUAUAUAUUUUAGGAUUUUUAUAACUUUGCGCUGUAUUGUGUAGAAAUGUAACUGAACACAAUAUAUGGAAUGUAAACUAAUUGUAUUAUUAAAAUCUUUAGCAACAUGCCCAUAUAUGGUUGUAUGAGAUCUUCAAUGAAUGGUUCAUGAGGAGAAAAAAAAUGAACAAAUUGUGAUAUUUUCAUGUUGUGCCCCUUAAUCAUUUUUGUGUAGAUACUUUAAAACAUACGAAUUGUGGGUGAUGAAAGAUGUGUUGCUUUUAAAGAGUUUUCUAUUUAUUGUUUUAUACUUGUUUGCAUAGCUGUGUGUGGAUUUAAAAAUUUUUUUUUUUUGCUUUGAAAUUCUCUGCUGCUUGUGUUGCCUGGCAACUGCCGGAUGGCGACCGUGUGCUUCAAAAUGCGCCUUUUUGGGAAGAAUGGAGGGCGAAAAUACAAAAGGUGGCUUUACGUGUAAGAUUUUACGAAAACAACAAACAAAAAUAAUGCUUAUUGCUUGUUUUUUUAGUUUUUGACGCUCUUUCUGUUUUUGUGUCACAAGAAGCCUCCAUUGCCGUCCGUACUUCGCGAGAGACAGACAAGACUGACACUUGAACUCUUUCACUGCCAGACUGGACCUAAAAUUAGGAGGAGGGGUUUAAAAAAAAAAAAGAAAAGAAAAGAAAUCCCUCCUCCAGUUUGUCGUCUGUCGUGUCAACAUGUAAUAUUGCAUGACAAUACAGUCGGAGACAUUUUAGAUGUUUUGUAAACUUGCAACUCUCCCGAGCGUCGUGUUUGUGUGACAGAGCGCCACUGGACUUCCUGAUUGGAUAGCUCCGCCCCCCACACGCGCACCAAUGAACAUGUGAUGUUUGCUAUAACAGGAAGUCACUGUACACAGAAAAGUUCCUGCAGUAAUUACUGUUUUUCAUUGGCGUGUUUUAUAUAUCUGCUCUAGAAAUGUUUUUCAUGCAAAUAUGGACUGUGAUUAACUCAUUGGCUGCCAUUGACGGCGAUAGACAUCCAAUCCAUUUGGACUGGGAGGGAUAGCACCUCCCAGUCCAAAUGGAUUGGACGCCUGUCGCCGUCAAUGACAAUGAAAUGUGAUGAUUUACUGCCAGUCCUACCAGUAAUGCAUUGGACGUCUAUCGCCGUCAAUAGCAGCUAAUGAGUUAAGACAUGAUAGUUAUUGAUAGAAGUGUAUCUUGAUGCCGUCCAAUGAAAAGCAUGUAUGUCCAAUUGUGAUUUUUGUGAAGAAAUACACUAUUUGGAGAUACACAAUGUUGUCUCAGGAAUUUAGUCGGACAUGGUAUGAAAUGUUCUAAUUUGUUGCCAGACAGAACACUGCAGAAUUUGGCCAAAAUUAACUUAAAAAUAUGCCGAAAGUCACAUAUUUAUGCAUCAACAACAACAUCCAAUCCUGGGUUUCGCCUUAUCAAUUGUUUUUUUUUUGUGGUGGUAAUAGCGAUAAUAGCUGAAGAAGAAGUAAACAUCGCUGGCAGGGGCGGACUGGUAAUCUGUGGGUUCUGGAGGAUCACAGAACGGCCGGUGCCCUGGACGGCCGGCGGCCGCCAUUCAUUAUGCAUCACUGUUUUUAUCCCCCCUAUCCUCUGAUUAUCUACAGUUCGCAUCCAAUCCGACAGGUGGCAGCAAUGCGCCUGGCUUUUCACCGCCAAUCUGAUAGACUAGGAACGACGAAAGCACAGAGUAGCCUUCAUUGGUUCCUUCCUUGUGGAAGCAAAAUAGCGACGAGUGUUAAUGCACAAUAUGGAUGGUGGUGGCAAAAAAACUGGAAAGAGCA